GAUCACUAACUAGUACUAGUAGUGAGUGGGGUUAUAAGCCCACUCAGCACCUACACCUAGGCAGGCACGCUAAUAAAGAGUUCCGGUCCGAACUGAUCAAAUGGCUUCGCUUUGUUACGGCUCCAUCGCUGAUGCACUUGUUGAUUGAAUCUAGAACAAUAACGACUGGCGAAAAUACAAUACAGGAUAGCACAGCACAGCACAACACAGCACAACAUGAAUUAAGAGCAGACCAUUAUUAUCACGAAUACUACCGUCACUGUCGCCUCAUUCGAGCCUGCACAAUCUUCCCAACCACAUAAAAACAAAGCACGAUAUGAGUUGGUAGUUGAUGAUUCUUACGAAGAAUAUCGCCUCAAAUUCAAACAUCCAUUCCACAAAUGGCUUCAAGAGCUGCCAUUGCUGUAGAGGCCAAGUUCUCGCAAAUGAUGCGCUCUGGCGAACUCAUAUCAGCAGAUGCUCUAGCUUAUGGAUCUUUGAAAGGUGUAGCUGGGAGUGAUCAGUGUUUUUCUUAUAAGCUGUCUCCUCGACACGGCUAUUCCUUUCAUCAAGCUCCAGCGCUGUUAAAAAGUUACAAUCCGGACCAUUAUCGCAUUAAGUACCUUCUUGCCAAUAAAACCUCUCCAUUAUGGAUCUCUAUUUAUUGUGCGAAACUUAAUGGAGGAAACAAGAAAGUUAUACGAACCCAUAUGGUACGAAGGGUCAGAACUGCAAUGACAGAGGCCUUGAAGAAGCAUGGUUAUGACUUGUCAGGGAGAAAGGUAUCUAAUGACAUAGGAAGGAACAAAAAGAACGAGGAUUUAAUUGGUACGAUGAUAAUAUCUACCAAAGAAAGUUCUUUGACUGCUAAGAUGGAUGUUUUGCAAGAACAAGCUGAGAUGGCUGUGGCCACAAUGAUACGAAAGUCUAGGCAGGAGCUCGGAAGCCGCCAAACAAAUCCAAAUCAGAAUUUCAAUCAACCAGGCAAGGGAGUCAAUGAUAUGAAAAGAUACCAGAUGGGAAAUAUGAUGAGGGGAGGAGAGAAUGGUUCAACAGUAAAAUCACCACAAAAGAAACCCUUCAAGAAGAACAAGGUAUUUGGUGGGCUGAGCAUUCAUCAAAAAUGAAAAUAUAUAAAUAGAAAUAAACAUUGAAUAGUAGUUAGUUACAAAGACUACAUUCCAAAAAUAUAAAAGCUACAUAUUGGCAACUUACUUCAACAGAUCAAACUAACUUCAUUUUGCUAUUCUAUGAUACUAGACCUAUGUAAAGAUAAGCCUUCAUGUUAAUAUACAUAUUAAUAUACACAUAAAAUGUUAAUAUCAAUGUUUAACUGUAUUUUACUUAUAUUUUUCCUCAAAAAUGUAUAAGGUAUUACUUCAUGUUU